UUUGUAGCUUCUCAGAGCUCUGAAGUACAAGAAAUCUUGGGCUACAUCCAAACCAUAUCUCCUGUGAAGAAGGCCACGUUUUCCCCAACCAAAUAUUUUAACUGCAAUAUUCAGAGAAGUGACAGAGUGGUUAGGGCAGUCUGUUUCAACCCAGCAAAGAGACCCUUGCUAGAAAAGUACCAGAAAGGAAGAACAGCUGUCAGACUCCACAACAUAACAUCUUCCAUCAAGGAUGACAUUGAAAGCAUCAUCAUCCAAAACAACACAACUGUACAACCUGUGGUGGUACCAUUUGUCUACCAAGAUGCUGCAACAUCAUCUUCCUUACCAAGUCUCUCAUCUUUACAAGAGGUAUCAAAAGAGCAAUUAGUUGACGUAAAGGUAGAGCAGUUUCUUUUCAAAGAGAUCCCAUCUUUCACACAAGACUUGGCACAAGUCACAACAGAAAUAGAAUCACUCACACAGAGGAAAGUGUCAGGUGAAAUAAUUGGUGUCCAACACGCCUCAAAAAGUCUUUCCUGUACGUCAUGCAAAAAGAAGGUUACAGUGAAAUCGAAUGGAAAGAUCGCAAAUUGUCAGUCCUGCAAGAUGAUGAUGAGAGGAACUUCUUGUCAACCUCAGUGGUUUUUGAAAGUGCUUUUUCAGAAAACUCAAAACAUUAAUGACAAACUUGCACUUACACUCUUUCAUCACGAGGUCGAUAAACUGGCUUCAUUUUUACCCGAUGUUAACCUCAACAUUAUAUCAGAGGAAGACUUCAUUUUCCAUCUCCUAGACAAUGAAUCCAGCUUCUGCAUUACUUAUGACACUGCCUCUAAUAAGCUGAUAGAAGUUUCACUUGAGGCUAUUUGA